GACUAGCUGCUGGAGCAUACAGAAGGAUGCACAGCUUUCCGCAAUUUCAGUGCUGAGCAACUUGGAUUUCCUACCAGUGUGUCCCCAGCAGCCUUCCUAGACGGCAGCUGAGGCUGAUCAGUCAUGCAGGGUUCACCCCGAAGGUGUUCGGCAGUGAGUAUUUUCAGCAAUUUUUUCCAGGGUCGGAGGCAUUCUUCCUCUGAUCCCCUUCUUCACAUAAUGCAGAGGCGUCGGAGCUCAGUUGUAGAGGUACUCUCAUCAUCAACUCACCGGGUUAUGGUGGCGGUAUCGUCUCUGAGCCCUGAGGAGCUGGAUGCAACUUUUCCUGAAAAAAAAAGUAAAUCUAUUUUUGCCUGUGUUCUAGGAAGUUCGAGGCGUCCAACAGCAAAAUACACUAAAGUAGGGGAGCGCCUUCGCCAUGUCAUUCCUGGUCACAUGCAGUGCUCCAUGGCAUGUGGUGGACGUGCUUGCAAGUAUGAAAACCCAGCUCGAUGGAGUGACCAGGAGCAAGCCAUUAAAGGGCUCUACUCUUCUUGGAUAACAGAUAACAUACUGGCUAUGGCUCGACCCUCAACAGAAAUAAUUGAAAAGUACAACAUUAUUGAACAGUUUGAAAGAUGUGGGAUAAAAACAAUAAUUAACCUUCAGUGUCGUGGAGAGCAUGCGAGCUGUGGGAAUCCACUGGAACAAGAAAGUGGCUUCACAUACCUUCCUGAAGCUUUUAUGGAGGCUGGAAUUUAUUUUUAUAAUUUUGGAUGGAAGGAUUAUGGAGUGGCAUCUCUUACGACUAUACUUGAUAUGGUAAAAGUCAUGGCUUUCGCCCUGCAGGAGGGGAGGGUAGCUGUUCAUUGUCACGCAGGGCUUGGUCGGACAGGUGUUCUAAUAGCUUGCUACUUAGUUUUUGCAACAAGAAUGAGUGCUGAUCAGGCAAUUAUUUUUGUCAGAGCAAAAAGGCCUAAUUCUAUUCAGACUAGUGGACAGCUAUUAUGCAUCAGAGAAUUCACUCAGUUUUUGGUUCCUCUGAGAAAUGUAUUUGCAUGCUGUGAGCCCAAGGUACACACAGUGACACUGUCCCAGUACCUGACCCGUCAGAGACAUCUGCUCCAUGGUUAUGAGAGUAGGCAUCUCAAACACGUGCCAAAACUUAUUCAUCUAGUUUGCAAAUUGUUGCUAGACUUGGCUGAAAACAGACAGGUGAUAGAGGCAGAAUUGUUAGAUAUACCGGAUCUCUCAGCUGAAAUUGAAAAGACUGUUUCUCAGUUGGUGUCCACACAGCUAGGGAGAGAACUCACAAGGCAGGACAGCGAUAUGUUGGGCUCCUCCCACAUCCACUUCUCCACUUUUGAGACCCAGGAUUCUCUUUUCUCCUCGGGACAUGAAUAUGAUGCGCUUUGUAAAAGAGGAAAUGUUGAGUGCCUUCAGCCGCUUACUCAUCUAAAAAGGCAUCUAAGCUAUAGUGAGUCAGAUUUAAGGAGAACUGAGCUUGUUUUAGAACAAGGAGAAACUGGAUGGACAGUACCUGCUCAGAUACUACUGUGCAACAAACUUAAGCAGAACAGCAGUGAGGAAUGUUCUGCCACAGGCGAACAAAAGCCACAGUUGGAUUUAAGCAAAGAAGCGUUAGUGCGUAAUACAUGUAUGUUCUGGAGUCAAGGUAAAUUUAAUUUGGAUGGACAAAAAGAUGGAUCCUCACUUCAUCACAGAAGGAACUCUACCAAAGAAGUACGGCGCAGCAGAACCUUUUCUUCAGGUCUAGCAUCUAUCCACAAUACCAGGGAACCUGGAACACCAAGGCAUAAUUUUACCAAUGAGAGUGGUCAUAGAAGAGACUGCAAGCCUAAUAUGUAUGGCAGAAGAGUCUAUGUUUCCGAGGACUCUGAUUCUUCUUCUAAAGUGAACUUUUCCAUUGGGUAUGCAAGCCAAGGUAGCAAAGAUGUGUCAAAGGCAAUUCCACACAUUGUUCUGCAGUCAGAAUUAAGUUUGGAAGCCCGAAGAGUUUUGGCAGCAAAAGCACUUGCAGAUGUAAAUGAAUUUCUGGGAAAGGAUGAAGUGAAGCAGAAGGUAGAAAUGUGGCAGAAAGAACUGAAUUCUCGAGAUGGAGCGUGGGAUAAAAUCUGUACCGAGAGAGAUCCUUUUAUCCUCUGUAGCUUGAUGUGGUCCUGGAUAGAGCAGCUGAAAGAACCUAUUAUAUCCAAAGAUGAUAUUGACAUGCUGGCAAAAAAUUGCACAGAAUCACAGGAUGCACUUUACUUACUGAGAAAGGAACAGUGUCAGACUAUCCUUUGUAUUUUGCACUGUGUGGUGAACUUGCAAAUGCUACCAGCUGAUGUGGAGGAGGCCUUACUUGCUCGUGCUAUAAAAGCUUUCACUAAGAUAAGCUUUGAUUCUGAAAAUGGACCGUAUGUUUAUGAUACCCUGAAAAAAGUAUUUAAACAAACACUGGAAGAGAAAAGAAAAAGUCUUAAGGAAGGAACAGAGAAUCCAUCUUGAUUUCUACACAGCUAUGCUGAAGAAUUAGAUGGGCCUACCAAAUUAUUCUGUGAUUUCCAGCUACUGUAUUUUGUGCUAUCUGACAUGAUUUACCUAACUUUAGGUAAUAGUAGUUAUUAACAAAGCGUUUUAUUUUUUUAGAGGGAGUUUUAGUGAUAACUGUUCUAUCUACACAGUUCUAAAGAACAGCUCCUGUGUGGUGGUACUGUAGCAUUUGGUUUCAGGUACUAUGAUUUUGUAUUGUGAACUGUCCUCUUUUUUUCAAAGAUAUUUAUUGAUUUAGAAACCUCUGUUAUUGGCAAGCAAUGUUAUUUUCAAGUUACAUGAUUGCCAUAAGUUCAGUGCCAUGGUAUACAAAGGUUUAAUGGACUGAGUUAAUAUUUAUGUAUUACGUAUGUUUACAUUAAUAUUAUUCUAUUUUACUUUGCAGAAAAUAAAUAUUGACUGAACUUAAUAAUAUUUUCUUUUAGAAAUUUGAAAAUAAGACUAAGAGUAAUAGUGAAUACAUGUUGAGGUCUACUAUUGACAGCAGAUAAUUUUUUCCUUUAGAGUUUUUAAAUAAUUGUCACCACCGUGUUUCUAAAAGGCACUGCAGUAGAGAAAUACAUUAAGUGUAUUAAGUAUUAAGUUAUCAAGGCCUUAAUUUAGACUUUUUUGGGUAAAAAGGCUUUAAAGUAUUUAAGGCUUAAGUAAC